AUGAGUGUGGUAUUGCCUGGGAUGUUGCUUGGUACGGUGAGUGACUAUGUGCCGUUACGCAACGUUUACGUCAAGGAUUCCAUCAUCUACUCAUCAGUCCUCGGAUCACAACACAUCUCACCAAACAACGAGAUAAGUGUGGAAUCUGGGUGUGUGAGGGUUCCGUAUGUUGGCGCGGUGGUAGUGGCUCAGAUAUCAAGAGUACAUAUAAACAAGGCGGACUGUCACAUCAUCGCAGUCAACGGCAGAACCCUCAAGGACCAAUACAAAGCCUCUCUCACGAGUAACAAUGUGUUGGAAUCGAAGAGCAUAGAGAUUUUAAUGUAUGAAUGGUUCCGACCCGGUGAUUUCAUCAAGGCCAAAGUGAUUUAUGCUGGAGAUGGUAAGGUGUUUACGCUUUCUACUGCGGGGAUUGGUCUUGGUGUUGUUAAAACCACUUCAUCAAACGGGGAGGAGAUGGUCCCGAUUUCCUGGAAGUAUUUCAUGUCAAAGAAGUCCGGCGCACUAGAGAAAAGGAAAGUCGCGAAAUCCAUUUAACCACGUCAACACAACUUUUUCACCAUCACAACGUAGUGACACACUGGAAUAAAAAAGUACUUCCCGCUUCCCCUUUUUUACACUUUUUACCCCUUUUCCAGGGCUUUUUACAGUUUUUUUAACGCCAAUUUUACCCUUUUUAACGCUAAUUUUAUCUUUUUUUA